AUGGGCGCGACAUGCGACAUGUUCCUUUCUAGAUCGUGGAAGAGACUAGGAUUGAAAUCUAUCCAGCCUAGCCGAACUUCACUCCUUUUCUUUACACAAAUCUCACGCAAACUGCGCCAACAGCCUACUACUAAUAGUAUCUCGAAAGUGGCCUUGUCAAGAAAUGUGUUUCCAACAUCACUAUUUGAAUACACCGCUGGUCGGUGGCUUCACCUUGAUAAACAACAGCGCGACGCGCGGUAUAUCAAGUUUAAUAUGGACCGCCUACUUGAGAAAGUACUUUCACUCCGGCCCUCUGCUACCUCGGUUACAAGUUGCCAAAAGAUAGAAGGCGGGUUUAGUAAAGCAUUCAUUAUCGAAACCGAUGAUGGCAGAUGUGCCGUCGCUAAACUCCCUACUUCCGCUGCUGGACCAGCAAGACAUGUGACGAACUCUGAAGUUGCAACAAUUACUUAUUUGCAACAGAAAACCAAAAUACCAAUCCCAGCUAUCCUAGACUGGAGUGAUGACCCCACCAACCCCAUAGGCUCAGCAUAUAUUAUCAUGGAACAUGCUGGCGGUGUUCUACUACAGGAAGCAUGGACAGAUAUGCCGUCAGAUAAGAAAGUAAAGUGUAUCGGUGCAAUCUGUACGAGUAUUCUGCCAAUAUCAGAACUUGACUUUCCGGCAUAUGGCAGCCUUUAUUUUGCUGGCGCAUCGUUUCUUGAUGCUAGUGCCGUGCGAAAAUUGCAUAAUGAUCUCAAAUACUGCAUUGGGCCACAUUGCAGAAGUAGUACCUACUGGGAUUGUAAUGUCGGUGAACCAAGAUAUUACGCAUUCAAGGGGCCUAAUAGAGGGCCAUGGCAUGACCUUUCCUCAUAUGCAACUGCUUUGAUCGAUUCCGGCCUUGCGAGGCUGCCACCAGCUGACCAUCCUAUUCUCUGCCAGCAGCAAUCAUCCUUUCAAGGCUCCGUUCACCGGCAUCUAGAGCUACUCAAAGUGGGUCAGACCGUCUUCUCGGAGCUGCUACAGCAUCCUGAUAUCCGAUCAAAUGCAAAACCGACCCUCUUCCAUCCCGAUCUACACAAGAGAAACAUCUUCAUCUCCAAGGACGACCCCACCAUCGUGACUGGGAUUAUCGAUUGGCAAUGCGCCAGUGUUGAACCAGCCUUCUACUAUGCAGACGAGGUACCUGAUUUCGCCAAGGUUCCUCCUGAGGGAACGUUGGAGUCCGAUGAAGGAACUCUUUGCAGCCAGGCAUAUGAAUUAGGAUGGGCGCUUCUGGCUCCCCGGCUAGGAACAACCAGAAAGAUUAAUGAAACACUCCUCCGGCCAUUCCACUAUUGCCACCGGACGUGGAGAGAUGGGUUUGUACCAUUCACCCAUGAAUUGAUCCAGCUGAGAGACGCAUGGAAAGAGCUUGGUUUUGAGAAAGACUGUCCUAUCCCGCCCUUGAGCCCAGAGGAGAUGAGCUUCUACAAGGAACAGCUUGGUAUAUACGAUGGGUUAUUGGAGUUCAGGCAGGAUAUGGUCGAAACCCUAGGGGUGGAGGGGGAUGGGUGGGUGUCUGAGGAUCGUUGGGAGGGAGUGAAAAAAGCCCAUCAGUAUUUUUAUGAGACCAUAAUGGCGGCUAUGGAGAAUGAUAAGGACCGCGAGGAACUAAGGACAAUGUGGCCGUUUGAUCAAUGUCAACCUCGAGAAUGA